AUGAUGAAUGGCUAUGGAGAUGGAUUUCAAUAUUGCAAUUCCUCGCUAUAUGAAGUAAUUGAGUGCCAAAAAUCUUUAAUGCUUGAUUUUAAAUCAGAAAUAUUAUUACUUCUUAUUAUGGGGAUAGGAGUCCUUGGCCUAUGCUUUUUCUUUAUGGUUCCAUUUUGCUAUUCUGUGAUUAAAAUUGAAAACGAUUUUUGGAAUAAUUUGAGAAAAAAAGCUGUUCGAAAUUAUUCAGAAAUGAAGCAGGCACUUUUAGAAAGGCUAAGAAGCGUCCAUUCUUAUCAUGAAUUUUUAUAUAGUAAUAGAAUACCAUCCAGAUUAAUAUUCAACUUCAAAAAUUAUUGGAAAUUUAUAUGAAGAUUUUUCAUAUAUUUUAUAGCCGUUAUAGCAUUUUCCGUAAUUAAUAUUAUAUACCUUUAUGAAAACUGCACAAAUUAUUUAGCAUAUAGACCAGAAGUCCUCCUAGAACUAAUCCGCACAAAGAUUCUUAUAAAUACCCUUGCAAUUUCAGCAUCAAAUUUACAAUAUGACGUUAUAGGUUUUCCAUUGAAUGACUUGCUUAAUAUACAUAAUUACCAAAAUAGCUUAACAAUUUUCCAAGAUUCUAUAUCAGAACUUCGUGAUUCGAUAGUAUUAUUAAGAAGUCCGAAAUAUCAGCCAAUUUUAUCAAAUAAUUUCCAAACAAUUUAUUAUGAAAAUGAUAGGCAAUCCCUACCGUAUUUUAAUUAUUGAGAUUAUGGCGCAUAUGCAGCUGAGGAAGAAAUAAUAAAUACUAGUUAUAUGAUUGCAAAUAUAGACUUAUCUAAAGGUGAUACAUAUUGAAAUUGAGUUUUAAAUCUCACAUUUUUAAGAACAAAUUAUGAAACUUUUAUUAGUGAAGCUGAUAGUUAUUCUCAAAGCGUGAUUGAGGGCCAGUUAAAUCUUAUUGUUGCAGCAUUUUUUAUUUUUGCCGUAAUCUCAAUUAUUAUAUAUUUUGCGCUUUGUUUUGUAUUUUUCAAGAGUGAGAAGAAAUAUUUACAGAAAAUUAAUUCAAUGAUGAGUAUUAUGCCAGUGUAA